GUGUGUUGCACAAAGCCUCCACAAACGCGUGCGAAGAAUCAGCAGAAAAGAAACCUUUCGAUUCAGUGCGAUCACGCACACGCACACGCACAAGUGGAAGGCGCCACAGCUUCUCACUCGCUUAGCGCCGCUGGAAAAGUUAUAUUUUGUGCUUUGCCCGGGGCUUUCUGCUCCCUCCGACACACUCCAUUCUUCCUCUAUUUAUUAUACAUUAUAUAUAUAUAUAUUGAUUGCUCAAGACAAGACCUGUUCAGCCCCUAUUGUUGUUUCGCAUACAUUUGUAUUCCGCAUCGUCUCGUUAUCAACCAUGAUGAAGCUGUCCGUCCUCGACCGUAUCCACGUGCGGGAAGAGGACCCAACCGAGAAGUUCGAGAUUCUCGAGAGCGUCGGUGUCGGCAACUUUGGUGUGGUGCUCAAGGCACGCGACUGCGUCACCGGGGACAUCGUCGCCAUCAAGCAGGUCCCUCUCGGGGACACAGACAAGGAGGAGCUGGACAGUAUUAUCAAGGAGGUGGAGAUUCUCCAAAUGUGUGACCACCCUAACGUAGUGCGCUUCUUUGGCACCUACCAGUCGUUGGGGGUGCUGUGGAUUGUGAUGGAGUACUGCGAGGGGGGCUCCGUGGACAACGUGUAUGACUUGCUGCGCCGCCCGCUGUCGGAGGCGCUGAUCGCCUACGUGUGCCGCGAGACACUGCUGGGGCUGCGCUACCUACACGAGCACCUCAUCAUCCACCGCGACGUGAAGGGCAGCAACAUUUUGCUGUCGAGAGACGGCCAGGUGAAGCUGGCCGACUUCGGCGUGAGCGCGGCCCUCAUGCAUACCCUGUCGCGCCGCAACACGUUUAUCGGGACGGCGCUGUGGAUGGCGCCGGAGGUGAUUGUGGAGAAGGAGUACGACUACCGCGCGGAUAUUUGGUCGUUGGGCAUCACGACGAUCGAGCUGGCGGAAGGGCAGCCGCCGCACUUCGGCAUGCACAUGGCCCGCGCCGUCUUCGCGAUUCCGCACAACGACCCGCCGACGCUGCACGCCAAGGAGCGCUGGUCACCGCAGAUGAACGCCUUCAUCCGACGACUGCUCACGAAAGAAAAGGAAUCCCGGCCAUCUGCCACGACGAUGCUGAUGGACCCCUUCCUGAACCCCAGCACGAUCGCCUCUCGUGCGGACAUGGCGGCGGUGGUGGAGCAGCUGCUCACGAAGCGCAAGUCGAUGGACGAGGCGGAGGGCAACACGAACCCGUCCACGCUCACCAUCGUCACACGCAGCUCGUCUGCGGUAGGCGAGGACGAGGACGGGGCAGAGGAGGUGCCGUCGAUGCCGGCGGACGAGGGAGGCAGCUCGUGGAUGGACGACCACGGCGGCGCUCCGGCGUCGAGCGCUUCUCCGGCGACGCGACAUUCCUCCGGGGGUGCGGCUGCUGCCGGUAGCGGGGCGCAGCUGGGCGGUCUCCUCGUUCUGCUUCCCCUCCUCCACCUCGAAGAUAUGUCGUUUGAUGCGUUGUGUGGCGGGGGACGGACGCUGCUGAAUGGCGGGCUGGCGAGCAGUGGGGCGUCGCCCGCUACAGGUGGCGGCGCCACAGUCGGGACACCAACGGGACCGAAUAGUGCGACUGCUGCUGCCGCUGCUGCGGUGGUGAGUCCUACCGCUGCCUCCUCCACCAAUCCACUCGGCGGUGGCCACGGUGCGCGUGUCGGUGCCUUUCCAUCCGCCACCUCCGUGCCCUUCACCGCGGAGCCUGGCAUCGCGGAAAGCAUCUCCAAGUAUCAGCACGCCGCCCUUCCCACGCUGAGCCCGAGUGGGUUUCUGUCGGCCCCGCCGGUGCCGCCCACCCCGCAUCACCAAACGAAAGCGGCGGCGGCGGCGGCGCUGGGCGACCCGCUCGCCGAGGCGAUCCAUCUCCUCGGCCACGGCACCGACGUCGUGCCGUCACGGUGCGUCCCCGCUUUUGAGACCACGACGAUGAACACGGUGCGCGACGUGUAUUUGCACCACUGCCACCUGCCGUAUACCCGUGCCGUGACGGAGCAGGAGGCGAAGAAGAUGCACCACAUGAAGUUUAUUUACGGCACGGUCCUCAAGAACGUCUACGCGACCACGGCGGAGUGCCACCGCAGCGUGGAGUAA